AGACCCAUAGACCAGCGGCAGCGGCACCACCGGCUAUAUCGAACGAGCCGAAAGCGCCCGCCCCCCACGAUGGCGCCGUGGUGCGACAACUUGGCGGCGCCGCCCCGCGUCCUCGUUGCCCCCCGUCCUUCUGAUGCCAGUGAUCAAGGGGAUGUGUUGACACUUCGCCAUCCAAGAUCAGGAGAUGGAACAGGGUAUCUGUUUAUGGAUGGUCAACUUCAUGAGAUCAAUUGGUUUAAGGAGCGGUAUGGUGCUUGGUUCUUGGGAGAUUAUGUUUGUGAAGAUGGUGGCCUCUAUUAUUGCACCCUUGUCGACCCCGUAUGUCGAAUGGUAAAGAUCCAGGAAAGUUCAGACAACUGGAUGAAAUAUUGUACAUAGAGGGAUAUCCUGAAUAUCAGCAGCUCAUGAGUGUAGCUGGACACCAUAUGAAAUUGGGGUGUGAAGUAAAAAGUAGAUGUUUAACAUGUUUUAUUGUACUAUACCCUAUCAAGUCACUAUUCUCCUUCAUCUUGUGCUGCCAUGCACAUUUUGAUCUGUUCCUUGUCUCUGAUAUGACUUCUUGCCAUAGUGGCAAAUAGUUUUACGGAACUAAUUUUUCACAUGGAUGCUACCUUUACUGCAGAAGUAGCUAAUAUGAAGUUCUUUAGGCUGGACGAUUCCAAGGUCUUAUCUUGGUUGUGCUGUAAGGCACACUAUUUCGGUUCUUACCAUUGGUUACUUAAUUUGCAGCAUCAUAUUCUCUCUAUGCUUAUUGUUAUAAGAAACUAAGCUGCACUUUAGGUUUACUUCCGUAUUGCACUGUACAAAAGCAAUGAUUUAACCUGCAUACUGCAGCUAGGGUGAGAUGUUUACUGUACCGAGUUAAGAAAACAUGGAAAUAUUUUGUUCCGAUAAUUGAAUUAUCUUGCUUUUUGUCUCCAGUUUUUUGGUUACUCACCCCAUUUCCUUUGAAUAAGGGACUUAGAUAGUUAGAUUCCAUGUCCCAAAUUACUAUAAAGCAUGCCAUUGAGAUUGUUAGAAUGCUAAUCAUAUUGAUCCUCCAGACCUUUUUUUCAGUUUCCUUCGGUUAUGUAGGUCACGAAUAAAACUAGUAUUUAAGUUCACUGUGUUCUGAAGAGGGUAGUUAAGGCAUGAUCCUAAAGGAGACCCUAGGUAGCUUACUACAUCUGCUUUUUUGUACGCACCUGCACAACAUUCAUUUAUGUAUGUGAAUUCUAAAUCAUAUUUAUUUCAGUUCCUCUCACUGUUGAGGAUUACUAGUAUCUCGUCUUCUCAAUCUCUUACAGGUACACAACCUUAAAGAGGUCUUCCCCAAGUUGGGUAAAAAUUAUGCUGCCCAAGGAGAAAAAAGAACUAUUUUGUGCGCAAAUGUCCCGAUGGAGCUGCUUGCUACAGUGAAGGAGGCUGUCCAAAUGAUUCGUGAAUACCUGAAGGACGAACCACGGUUAACAUUACUCUGCAAUAAACUGCAGCUUGAUAUCAAUGAGAUCAUCGAUGGGACGAGCAAAACUAGCGAAGCUUCAUUUUGUGCGGAGAGUUCUCCCGCACCCUCUCGUCCCUCUGAGCAAAACUAGCGAAUGCUUUACUCUUCUUAUUGGCCGUAAGCUUUAAGCUGAAGCUCUUGUAAUGUGUCCAUACAGGGUAAGUUGGCAAAUGGUAUUGCCAAGUCAAGCAAAGGGAGACCAGCGAAGAAACCAAAGACCGAGGUAGGAUCCAAGAGCAUCAAAGACAUGUUCCGUAGGGUCACAAGGAGCCAUAUAACCCAGGCCUGACGGAUUUUGCCAUCAACGCCUCAGAAAUUGGAGCUGCCAAAAAUUAUCCCCAUAUUGGAUUUGUACACAUGCCAUUUUUGGUUCCCAGCCCAGCAAGGCAGCAACCACUCUGUGAAAUCCCAUGUAUUUAAGCUGCAGAAUGAUUCAUGCAGCCGAACGACUAACUGCAGAAUGAUUCGGGCAGUGAGCCUGUACUACCCUACUGGGAUGUAUUUGUACCGUAAUUCUUCGUACCGCCUUCCUGGCACAAGAGCUAAACGGUUGCUGUUGUCUGAGUA